AGAGAUCUGUUGCAAGAAAAUGAGCGCCUCAAGCGAGUACUUCGGAAAUGUCAAGAAGACGGCAUUCUCGAAUACAACAGUCUCGUGGAUGAGUACAACGAAGCGGUCGACCUUUACGGCACAGCCAAAAAGAAGAUUCGAAAGCUGAGAGAAAAAAACGAAGAUCUGAAGGGAAAAAACGAAAAUCUUCAAGAUGAGGUUGCAGAUCUCGAACAAGAGCGUGAUGGACAAAUGAUAAGAGCGAAGGAGAAGACGCAGAAGAUCAGAGACAUGGUCAAGGAGCGUAACGACUUACAGGAGAAACUGGCCCAAGUUGUAGAGAAGACCGGAGAAUCUCGUGUGUCUCUCGACUACGAAGUUAAGCAAAGUAUCGCAGCUUCAACUAGGCUAGACAAACAGCUGGGAGACGAAACAUUCCGCAAAGUCAUGGACCAGAUUUACGAAAGAUUCCGCGAGUGCUUUCUGAUGGUCCGCCGCAAGCAAGAAUUUGAUGUCAGAUCCAUGUUGUCGUCAGAUGGGUAUCUGACAAGAUUCCUAUCCAAACGAGUGCCCAGCUGGAGAGACAACACUUCAGACGACAAACUGCACGUCUGCAUCUCUCUCGUUUCCAGAGCCUUUACUCAAUUUGUCAACAACCAAUUUGUCUUUGGCCUUCCCAACAAGGAUCCAAUUCAGGCUGCCUGGUGGGCCUGGAUAACCUUCGCAGAGAAUACGCAAACCCCCAAGGCACAACAGGAUGUCAAGAGAUGGCUCGCAUUGACUAGCACCGUUCUGACCACCAAUUAUAGAGAAUCGAUGCUUCAAGCAAGAGCAGAUUCUCUGGAACUCCUUUUGGACAACAUGAAAGAACAUCUUGAGACCGUGACAACCUUGGAUUUCACCGAUGCAAUUCGCCGUAGGCUUUCGGAUGCUAUCGCUCCGCAUCUCACUACCCUCCGCAUGCUUCACUACCAAGAGUGGAACUACAAGCUGGACAUGAUGGAUGCAAGCCGCAAAGGAUCUCCGGUGCAAUUCAGCCGGGCUCGUAUGGAGGGAAUGUUCUGGGAGGAGACCGGCUUUGUCAAAGCAAGUCUAUUCCCACAGCUUUGCAGGAUUGAAGAGGAUGUUGAAGUCGAUGAGACCGAAGAGGAUGAGGAAGAUGCUGGUGAUGGGCAGGAUGACAGAUAUACCGUCAUCUGCAAAGCUAGAGUCGCGGUCGUGGAUGCCUGGGAAGAAGAUAUGGAGGAUGCAGAGGAUAUCGAUGUUGAGGUCAAGACUGGUUUGGAGUCAAUGGAGUCGCCGGAGCGUCCCGGAGAGGAUGCUCCAGAGAAGGACUCUGGUGAGCCCAUGGAUGUGGAUCGUAUGAGCGGUCUUGUGGGAGAAGGAGAAGCUCCUAGAACUCCUGGCAGAGAACAUUCGGCAAUCGUCAUUCCUGAUUCUUUGGACCGUGAUGAGGAGGAGUUGGCGUACGGCAAAGGUUGGCCACAUUAG